AUGGCGAAAUUCCAGGUUGGCUGGUAUCGGUUUGUGCCGUUCCUAGGAUACCACCAUGUCUUGAUGAUCUUGAUUGCAAUUGCCAUCAUCCUUCUUUCUCUAUUACUGGCAGGCUGCUCAUCGUCAUCACCUUUGAUCCCCGAUAUCUUCCUCCUGUCCCUGUACUAUGACAGUUACACUGCCGUCCCCGACACGGCGCAAGUAGACUACAAUGUUCACACCGCCAUCGAGAACAUCGCUGGCGACGCCCGUCUCGCCGCUCGUGUCGGCUACUUUGGUAUCUGCAUCAGCCCCGACGGUGGCAGUUGGCUUUGCAGCAACAAUGCCACUGCUCUGGCCAAUGAAGUCUCCGUCGACCAGGAUCCUCUCAACCUGAUCUGGCUCGCCGCCCAGUUCAAGGACAUGAUUGUUUUCCCCUACCUCAUCAUCAUCGCCAUUAUCUUUGCCUUCGUCUGCUUCCUGCUUCUGGCUACCUUCCCCGGAUGGCACGAGGAGGAGGACUCUGAGGGCUCCGACCGCGAAGUGAAGCCCUUUCCCUCGCGACCCGUCUCCCAGAUCUCCCUCGCCAUCAUCUUCAUCGCCUCCAUCUUCGUGCUGGUGUCGGUAUUAUGGCAGCACACCGCCUCCGUAGCAGCUUCCAUCAUCGCUCAAGACUUUGGCAACGGAGCCGUCAAAUCCGGUGUCGGAUCGUCCGCCAUGGUCCUCGGUUGGUUCAGCUUCACACUACUCAUCAUCGUCACCAUCGGUCUGCUAGUCAUGAUCCUGAGUAUCCGCGUCCUUAGCCAAAUGGUCGGCUAG